GGUUAUGGAGAGUGGGAACCAAACGAGGCACAGCACAGCUCUCUCCCCAAGCGCCGCAGCUGUCAUCUCUUGUUUCCUUGCCACCUUGUUUGCUGCUGCAUCUCUUUUUUUCUUUCACAAAACCAUCAGCACACCCACCAUCUUCACUCCUCCCGAUCCUAUCCUCUUCAUUUUAUCCCUUUUUUGUUUCUUUGUGCAUCUUUUAUUUCCUUGUUGCCGUCUCGCUAUACCUAAUCCAUCCUUUUAGCUAACGACAACAACGCACGACAACGACACCGGCACGCACAGCUCGCUGUUCCAGAAUCCCGAUUGCCUCUCCUGAUUCAACAUUCCUCACCAUCAAGACUCCUCCUAUUUGCCCACACAUCCACUGGGCAACGUCCGAGAGACCCUUAGGCUCGCUCGCUCAUCUUGCUUCGUCCGCCAGAGCUUAUUCUCCGGGUCCCCUUUGCCCUCGCUCUAAAUUUAUCGGCGGCCACUACCACCACUACCACCCUUCACCAGCGCAUCACCAGCGCCUUGUCCGACUUGUUCUCCUCAAGCCGCAGCAGCAGCAGUCAUGGCGUACAACGGCGCCGGCCACGGCCAGCAGGGCCACGGCCACGACUAUGACAAUGGUCAUCAGCUUCACGAUCUCCCCCCUGGAGGCAGCUAUCAUAUGCCUCCCCAGGAGCACGACGAGGAGGCUGAACGCUACCUUCUCAAUGAGCCUCCCACCCACGGCUACGACCACGACCGCCUGGGCGCUGAGGACAUUGGCCACCACAACCGCCCCGUGUCGGCAUACACACUGUCCGAGUCGUACGCUCCCAGUGCUGGUGCCCACGGCGGCCCCCCCGUCCCCGUCAUCAACCAUCCCGGUGGUGACUUUGGCGGCGAGGGCCAAUUUGGCCAGUACGGCCAAGACCAGGGCGGUUUCCCCUAUGGUCGCCCCAUGUCCACAAUUGACGUCGAGGAUGACCACGACAGCUGGGUCCAGCGUCAGCAGCAGCCCAACAAUGUUGGCCGCGGCGGUGGCCUGAAGCGCUUCAACACCCGUAAAGUCAAGCUUGUCCAAGGUUCCGUCCUGAGCAUCGACUACCCCGUUCCUAGUGCUAUCAAGCAUGCUGUUCAGCCACAGUACCGCGAUGUCGAGGGCGGCAACGAGGAAUUCAUGAAGAUGAGAUACACUGCCGCCACCUGCGACCCCAACGACUUUACGCUCAAGAACGGUUACGAUUUGCGCCCUCGCAUGUAUAACAGACACACUGAGUUGCUCAUCGCUAUUACCUACUACAACGAAGACAAGGUUCUCUUGUCGAGAACCCUCCACGGUGUCAUGCAAAACAUCCGCGACAUUGUCAACCUCAAGAAGUCUACUUUCUGGAACAAGGGCGGCCCUGCCUGGCAAAAGAUUGUCGUCUGCUUGGUUUUUGACGGUAUCGAAAAGGCCGACAAGAACACCCUUGACGUGCUCGCCACCCUCGGUAUCUACCAGGAUGGUGUCGUCAAGAAGGACGUUGACGGCAAGGAGACUGUUGCUCACAUCUUCGAGUACACCUCGCAGCUCUCCGUCACCCCUAGCCAGCAGCUGAUCCGCCCCACGGGUGACAGCCCCCAGAACCUGCCCCCUGUGCAGUUUAUCUUCUGUUUGAAGCAAAAGAACAGCAAGAAGAUCAACUCCCAUAGAUGGCUCUUCAACGCUUUUGGCCGCAUCCUCAACCCAGAGGUGUGCAUCUUGCUCGAUGCUGGUACCAAGCCCAGCCCCCGCUCGCUCCUCGCCUUGUGGGAGGGCUUCUACAACGACAAGGAUCUCGGCGGUGCCUGUGGUGAAAUCCACGCCAUGUUGGGCAAGGGCGGCAAAAAGCUGCUCAACCCCCUUGUUGCCGUCCAGAACUUUGAGUACAAGAUUUCCAACAUUCUUGACAAGCCUCUCGAGUCCUCGUUUGGUUACGUCAGUGUGUUGCCCGGUGCCUUCUCGGCCUACCGCUUCCGUGCCAUCAUGGGUCGCCCUCUGGAGCAGUACUUCCAUGGUGACCACACGCUUUCCAAGAUGCUUGGUAAGAAGGGUAUUGAUGGCAUGAACAUUUUCAAAAAGAACAUGUUCUUGGCCGAGGAUCGUAUCCUCUGUUUCGAGCUGGUCGCCAAGGCCGGCCAAAAGUGGCACUUGUCCUACAUCAAGGCCGCCAAGGGUGAGACUGAUGUGCCUGAAGGCGCUGCCGAGUUCAUCAGCCAGCGUCGUCGUUGGCUCAACGGUUCGUUUGCUGCCUCGCUCUACUCGCUCAUGCACUUUGGCCGCAUGUACAAGAGUGGCCACAACCUGAUUCGCAUGUUCUUUUUCCACAUUCAGCUGAUUUACAACAUUCUCAACGUCAUCUUCACCUGGUUCUCGCUUUCUUCGUACUACCUUACCACCACCGUCAUCAUGGACCUUGUCGGAAACCCCGUUGUUGGCUCUAGCACUGCCAGCGAGCAUCACGGCUGGCCGUUUGGUGACACUGCUACGCCCAUUGUCAACGCCUUGCUCAAGUACCUAUACCUCGCCUUUGUCAUCCUGCAGUUCAUCCUUGCUUUGGGUAACAGACCCAAGGGUUCCAAGUUCACCUAUCUUGCUUCCUUUAUGGUCUUCUCGCUCAUCCAGGCCUACAUCUUGGUUCUUUCUGGUUACCUCAUUGGUCAAGCCUUCUCAACGCCAAUUUCCCAGCAAAUUAACAUUGACACUGGUGCCGACUUUGUGAGAAGCUUCUUUUCCGGCUCUAGCGCUGCUGGUGUUAUCCUGGUCGCCCUGGUCACCAUUUACGGUCUCUACUUUAUCGCCUCGUUCCUGUACCUCGACCCGUGGCACAUGUUCCACUCGUUCCCGUACUACCUGUUGCUCAUGUCCACCUACAUAAACAUCCUCAUGGUCUACGCCUUCAACAACUGGCACGAUGUGUCGUGGGGUACAAAGGGUUCGGACAAGGCCGAGGCUCUGCCUUCUGCCAACAUUACCAAGGGCGAGAAGAACGAGGUGGUUGUAGAAGAAAUCGAAAAGGAGCAAGAAGAUAUCGAUAGCCAGUUUGAGCAAACUGUGCGCCGUGCUCUUGCUCCGUUUAAGGAGACGGAGGAGGUUGAGGCCAAGGACGUCGAAGACUCGUACAAGUCUUUCCGUACCGGCCUCGUCGUCUCGUGGUUGUUCUCCAACAUGUUCCUUGUCGUUGUCAUCACCAGCGACAACUUUAACGCAUUCGGCAUCGGCCACUCCUCGUCGGUCCGUACCGCCAACUUCUUCAAGUUCCUGCUGUACGCCACGGCUGUCUUGUCUCUUGUCCGAUUCUUUGGUUUCCUCUGGUUCUUGGGCAAGACUGGUCUCAUGUGCUGCUUCGCCCGCAGAUGAUCGGACCACAGCGAAAGAACAAAAACAAAAAAAAAACAAAAAGUGUAAAGAGGAGCAGCGUUUCUAGUAAUGAAUGGCGUCGAAGGAAAAAGAUGGCCCUUGGAAACGACAUUUGCAUUUGGAAAGCGGCUCCGCACCAGCGUUAUAUUCUACGCACAUUGCGGAACAGAUUGGUUGUGUUUUUUUUUUAUAAUUUCUCGUUUAUUCCCUUUACUGCAGAUACCUCAUAUUGUAACGUACUAUUCUCAGGUAUUUUGAACACUGUAACUUUCCCUUAUAA